CUGGGAACUGGGUUGGAGCCGAGCUAGCGCUAGCUAGGCGCAAACGCGCACAGACUGCAGCCACCCGAAGACCACCACCCGCAAGACCACCCGAAGACCCCCCCUCAGAAUCGCCUCUGGAUCCCCGGCAGUCAGCGGGAGUGUCGGAGGUUGGCGCGGGCCCCCGCCCUCCGCGCCCCCCACGGGAAGGAAGCACCCCCCGAACUAAAACAAGCGGGGCGGAAAGAAGCCUUCAUUCGCCGGCCAGGAGGCGAGCCGAUGCCGAGCUGCACAACGUCCACCAUGCCGGGGAUGAUCUGCAAGAACCCAGACCUGGAGUUUGACUCACUGCAGCCCUGCUUCUACCCGGACGAAGACGACUUCUACUUCGGCGGCCCCGACUCGACGCCCCCGGGGGAGGACAUCUGGAAGAAGUUUGAGCUGCUGCCCACGCCCCCGCUGUCGCCCAGCCGUGCCUUCCCGGAGCACAGUCCGGAGCCCCCGAACUGGGCCACCGAGAUGCUGCUGCCCGAGGCCGAUCUGUGGGGCAACCCGGCCGAGGAGGACGCGUUCGGCCUGGGGGGCUUGGGCGGCCUCACCCCCAACCCGGUCAUCCUUCAGGACUGCAUGUGGAGCGGCUUCUCGGCCCGAGAGAAGCUGGAACGUGCGGUGAGCGAGAAGCUGCAACACGGCCGCGGGGCACCGGCCGCCGGCCCCGCAGCCCCUGCCCCGGGAGCGGGCGCCACCAGCCCUGCGGGCCGCUCGCACGGCGCUGCUGCGGGGACGGGUCGUGCCGGAGCCGCCCUGCCCACCGAGCUCGCCCACCCCGCCGCGGAGUGCGUGGAUCCCGCCGUGGUCUUUCCCUUCCCGGUGAACAAGCGCGAUCCCGCGCCGGCCGUCGCUCCGGCAGCGGGCGCUGCGGUCGCCUCCGGAGUGAGUGCAGCGGCCCCGGCCGGCGCCCCAGUGGCCGCUCCUCCGCGCCCCAGCGGCCGCCCGGCCAUCGGCGGUGACCACAAGGCCCUCAGCACCUCCGGAGAGGACACCCUGAGCGACUCAGAUGAUGACGAUGAGGAGGAGGAAGAUGAAGAGGAGGAAAUCGAUGUGGUGACGGUGGAGAAGCGGCGGUCCUCCUCCAGCAAGGCGGUCACCACCUUCACCAUCACUGUGCGCCCCAAGAAUGCGGCCCUGGGCCCGGGGCGGGCCGCACCCGGUGAGCUGAUCCUCAAACGCUGCGUCCCGGUCCAUCAGCAGCACAACUACGCCGCCCCGUCGCCCUACGUGGAGAGCGAGGACGUGCCACCCCAGAAGAAGAUGAAGAGUGAGGCAUCCCCGCGCCCCCUCAAGAGUGUCAUACCCCCAAAGGCUAAGAGCUUGAGCCCCCGCAACUCUGACUCGGAGGACAGCGAGCGCCGCCGGAACCACAACAUCCUGGAGCGCCAGCGCCGCAAUGACCUGCGGUCCAGCUUCCUCACGCUCAGGGACCAUGUGCCAGAGCUGGUGAAGAACGAGAAGGCCGCCAAGGUGGUCAUUUUGAAAAAGGCCACCGAGUACGUCCACUCCCUUCAGGCCGAGGAGCACCAGCUUUUGCUGGAGAAGGAGAAGUUGCAGGCAAGACAGCAACAGUUACUAAAGAAAAUCGAACACACUCGGACUUGCUAAACGUCUCUCGGAAUGGGACAGUCACUGCCACUUUGCACAUUUUGAUUUUUUUUUU